GCAAUCGGUCACUGCUGAUCUAUAAAUAUACACCCUGGAGAUUCCGUUUUUUUGCUGGGCAGAGAUGGAGCCAGGAAAGUAUUGGACAGCAUAGCAGGAAGCUAUUCCAACAGGUGUAGGGUUGAAAAGGGGGUGGUAAAAUGAGACCCUCCCAGCUGUCCGGGGCCCGUGAACUGUUUCGAAGCACCGUGUGUUUCCACAGACUUCAGUGCGAUCCAAUCCCGACCCUCUAUCCUCACCACAGCUAUGCUGGGGGACUUGGGACGCCCCCCCUCCCCUCCCGCCUCCUUUCCAGCAACAGGGACUAAAAAGGGAAGGAGUGGGAGCUGGUUGGUCGAGUCUCCCCAGAGCUCAGAAGCCUGGCAAGCCUGCAAGCUGCCUUUCCCCGGGUGAGUCCGGAACGAUCUGGGCUGGUUAAGUCCUGAACCGCAACGAAGAUGUGAAGCCUCUUCAACCCCAGAGAAUUCUGAGCAUCCUUGAGAGAGCUGCACACCUACUAUGGAUGGGUGUGAGUGGCAGGAGGAGGCCUCGGCCUCCUGCGCAGAAGGUUACUACCCCGUGAGGAAAGGAGAGGUGUUCAAUGGAAGGUACCACGUAGCACAAAAUCUCGGGUGCGGCUACUUCUCAACAGUCUGGCUUUGCCAAGACUUGGGGAAGAAGAGGUGCGUGGCUGUCAAGGUGCCCAAGGGCGGGGAGGAUUUUGCUGAGGCAGCCCUGGAUGAAGUCAUGCUCCUUCGCUGCGUGAACAGCAAGAGGAGGAAAGACCAAGCCAGCGACCGUGUCAUCCACUUCCUGGACGAUUUCAAAAUGAUUGGAGACAAUGGCUUCCAUGUGUGCUUAGUGUUUGAGCUGCUGGGGCCUUCUCUGCAGUCCCUGCUGAGCAGCCAAGGAGUCCAGGGCCUCCCGUUACCCUUUGUGAAGAAAGCAACCCAACAGGUUCUCCAAGGCUUGCAUUUCUUGCACAAGGAGUGUCGCAUCAUCCACGCAGACAUCAAACCGGAGAACAUCCUGCUCUGCGUCGCAGAAGGAAGCCUGCAGACACUUCUCCACAAGGUGGCUUUCCAGGAACACGGCGCAGGAGCCGAGCCCAAAAGGCAAGAGGACGACGUGGCUGCUGUCCUGGAUUGCUGCGACCUCAUGAAAUUGGGAGUGAAAAUUGCGGACCUGGGAAGCGCAUGCUGGAUGUACAAGCCUUUCUCCAAGAAGAUCCAGACCCAGCCCUACAGAGCCUUGGAGGUCCUCCUCGGAUUAGAUUACGGCACCCCAGCGGAUAUCUGGAGCACAGCGUGCCUGGCUUUUGAACUGGCCACUGGAGACCGUCUCUUUGAUCCCCAGGCUGGGCAGUAUUUUUCCAGGGAUGAUGAUCACGUGGUUCGGAUCAUCGAACUCCUGGGCAGAAUCCCACCUAAAGUUGCUUUGUUCUGGAAGCGGGCGACAACAUUCUUCAACAGGCAAGGUGCUCUCCUGAGGAUGUCCUGGCUCUCUCCCUAUGACCUCUACCAUAUCCUCAUGGAUAAAUACAGCUGGCCCAAGCACCAGGCAUCUCCGCUUGCCAGUUUUCUCCUGCCUAUGCUGGAAUAUGCCCCGGAAAGGAGGGCAGCAGCUGACAGAUGCCUUCAGCAUCCUUGGCUCAAUACCUAGUGCAGGCUUGGUCUGAUCCUGCUUGCUCUCUCCGCCAGGAU